UAAUAAUUCAACUGGAAUAUCCAUUCUCCUGAGAUUAUUUAAAAAAGAAAAAAACAGGAAGAGGAGGAGGUGGAUAAGACAGCAGCAGACAGACAUAGAAAUUGGUGGUGUGGGAGCUCCGGCGGCAAAGAGAUGGGUGGUUCUGUAUCAGUGCCCGAAAAAUCCAUUCAUGAAUUCACUGUCAAGGAUAGCUCCGGGAAGGAAGUUGACCUUAGCGUUUACCAAGGGAAGGUUCUUCUCGUCGUCAACGUUGCUUCUAAAUGGUCCUUUUCUUUUUUUCUUUUUGUUGUUAAUUUGUAUCCCCAGAUUCAAAAUGAUUCUUCUAGGGUUUCAAUCAAAACCUGUUUUGUCUGUUUUGGUUUGGGGAACAGCGGUUUCACGGAAACUAAUUACACCCAGCUUACUGAACUUUACCGGAAAUACAAAGAUCAGGGGUUUGUGGUAUUGGCGUUUCCUUGCAACCAGUUUUUGAACCAAGAGCCUGGGACAAGCCAAGAUGCUCAUGAGUUUGCUUGUACCAGGUUUAAGGCCGAGUACCCUGUUUUCCAAAAGGUGCGUGUGAAUGGACAAAACGCAGCACCAGUCUACAAAUUCCUCAAGUCAAAGAAACCCUCUUUCCUUGGAAGUAGGAUCAAAUGGAACUUCACCAAGUUCUUGGUUGACAAAGAUGGUCAAGUCAUUGAUCGUUAUGGCCCCACUGUUCCACCUCUUUCCAUCGAGGUAAAAACUCUUGUACAAAAUCUCUUGUCAUCUCUUGCAAUAUCUAUAGAGGUUAGUUAAUUCAUUCAUUGUUUUCUGCCUAACAGAAAGACAUCAAGAAAGCCCUCGGAGAUGCAGAAGCGUUUCCAAGUACUUAACCCUUGAAGAAGAAGACACAGGGAGGUCAUUGAUUGGAGUUUUCUUUAUCUUUAUAUCACUCAUUUUGUAGUUGCUAUGAUGAAGAAGAUGUACAAGUUUCCACAUUUCCGUAGCACAACCCUGUGUAGAUUCCAUAUGCCUAUUUCUGUCCUAGCUUUGAUCUUCCGAACUAAAUAUCCAACGACUAUCUCGAUAAUCUAUAAAUAUUAAUAACAUAAACAAAAAAAAAAGAAUCUGUUGUUUGAUCAAAAGAAAAAAGAAUCUAAAGAAAUAUACUUGUUUUUCUUUAAAAAAAUUUUAUUUAGAACAUGUUAUAAACACUGUGUGGUCAUGUGGUUUUUUCUAUAGUAAUAAUUGGAGUUACUACUAAAUCUGUCUCAUCUAUUCGAUAAG